AUAUACAUUCACCAAAAAAAGUAGGUUUAUCAUCUCAAAAGAAAAAUUAUAAACAAAUAAGAAGUUAGGUUUCUGAAAAUGUCAGUCUUAAUCAUCUUCUUCUUUCUAACCCUAAUGCUGAUCAUAUACUUGACUUACUGGAUCAAGAAAUGGAGAAACCCUAAAUGCAUUGGUGUUCUUCCUCCUGGUUCCAUGGGAUUGCCUAUAAUUGGAGAGUCUCUUCAGUUACUAAUUCCCAAUUAUUCUCUUGAUCUUCAUCCAUUCAUAAAGAGAAGAAUCAAUAGGUACGGACCUAUAUUUCGAAGUAACGUGGCGGGGCAUCCUAUUGUAUUCUCGGCCGACUCUGAAUUCAAUCAUUACGUAGUCAAUCAAGAAAGGAGAUUGGUGGAAUUCUGGUAUUUAGAUACAUACUCCAAGCUUUUUGUACUAGAGGGUGAAUCAAGUACAAGUGGGGCUACUGCUUAUAUUCACAAGUAUAUAAGAAGCCUUUUUUUGAAUCAUUUUGGUAAUGAAAAGCUCAAGGAAAACUUUCUUCCCCAAAUACAAGAUGUUGUCAACAAAAUACUACAUUCAUGGUCAUCUCAAGAAUUUACCGAAGUGAAACGUUCGGCUUCAUCGGAAUUCCAAGCUUUUACAGCAAAGUUUCUUUUGGGCUAUGAUGCUGAAAAAUCAUCUUAUAAAAUGGGUGAAAGUUUUGCAAAAUUUUUAGAAACUCUUUUGGCAUUUCCCUUGAAUAUUCCCGGUACUCCAUACCGUCAAAGCCUAGAGGUCAAAAAGAAGAUAAUGAACACAUUAGAGAAUCUCCUAAAAGAAAGAAGCAACUCAACUGAGGAGACAAACGAAGAAGAUGUUCUUGAUCAUAUGUUGAAAGAUAUGGAAAAAGAAAAAUUUAUUACAAAAGAUUUUAUAAUUCAGGUCCUUUUCGGAAGUUUAUUUGCCGUAUCCGAAUCAGUUCCUGUAAUUAUAGCAUUACUCUUCAAGUUCCUUUCGGAGAAUCCAUCUGUUGUUGAAGAGUUGAUGGCUGAACAUGAGAAGAUUCUCAAAAGUAAUGGAUCGGAUUCGCCAAUUACGUGGGAUCAAUAUAAAUCUAUGAAAUUCACGUCUCACGUGAUACAAGAAACUCUUAGGAUCUCGAAUGUUACACCAGGAGUGAUGCGAAGAGCAAUCAGAGACAUUCAAUACAAAGGAUACACGAUUCCUGCUGGUUGGACAAUAAUGCUUCUAGCUUCUGCCUGCCAUAUGAAUUCAGAGACAUUUAAGGAUCCACUCGUCUUUAAUCCUUGGCGCUGGAAUGACCUCGACUCAAAAUGCAUAUCCAAGAAUUUCACACCAUAUGGUGGAGGAACAAGACAAUGUGCUGGGGCAGAGUACAGUAAAGUGUUCCUCUCCAUAUUCCUUCAUGUGUUGGUCACCAAAUAUAGGUGGACAUAUAUCAAGGAAGGAAAGCUAUGUAGAAGACCUAUGUUAUUAUUUGGAGAUGGCAUUCACAUUAAGUUGCAUGAAAAGAAUUGACCAUAGGAGUUGCUAGCUUAUUGGAUAUAUAUGAUAUAUUUUCUUUUAAUUUUAUCUGUGUUAUGAAUAAUAUUAACUCUUUUUUAUUACAUUUGGAAGAAAAAUUGAUGGAUUUCUAAAA